AAAUGUCACAACAAAACAGCGCGAGAGAGAGUGAGAAAGUGCUUAACCAAUUAGUUGGGAGGCAUGCUACGACAAGCAUCGGUUAACAUACAAAUUGAGGAUAAUAUCCAGAAAUAUUUAAGAAGUAAAUUCUAGGCAAGAUCCUGUAUUCAUAUACUGCUAGUAUGAAACUGUUUAUGAUGAAAGAGCAAAAUUUUAAGUUUUUAAAAACUGAGAAAGCCAAAAAUGUUAAUUAAAUGAAUUCUCUAUUCGUCUCGAUAAAGCUGAAUUUUUUCAAAAAGAGUACUUCAAACAGGUCUCUCUGGACAUGCUGGAUGGUGCGAAUUCCGAUCCCACAUUCAUAGAGAGCAUUAUAACUGCUGAUGAGAGAUGGAUUUAUGAGUUUGACAUGCUAACAAGUCAACAAUCUUCAGAAUGGAGGGGAAAAAAAGGCGAAACCCAAAAGGAAACACACAAAAACCGCUCAAAAAUCAAGGGGAUGCUCAUUGUUUUUUUCGAUAGUCGUGGUUUGGUGCCAUAUGAAUUUGGUGUUGUAUUUGGCCGUAUUAAGGAGUUGGCGUGAGAACAUCCAUCGAAAACGGUCGGAAUUGUGGAAGAUUCAUGGCCGCCUGUAGGGUGCAUAAGUAAAAAUAAAUCUGCGGCGCCUAAAGAUCUACGCUCGCAGCGUCCAAAGCACAACUGAAAAAAUAUCUAAUGCUCAUUUCAAAAAUCUAUUAAUUGUACUAAUGAAAUGUCUCUCCCAACAAAAGGCACGAAAAUCCAAAUCAAAAUCAGGAAAAUAAGAUGAUGACAAAAAACAACUUUUCCCCAAUGGUCAGUGAGUGUCGAGGCAAAUCAAUAGCGAACAGUCUGCGCCUGUUGUUCAAGCGAAACGCUGGUAAAAAUUAAAAAAUAAAUACCAUAAAAACUUUCUUAAAAUAAGUAAAUUGUCAGUUGCAUUCAUUUUCGAAAUGGAGAAAUUUAUGACGGGCCGUCCGCAACGUAAUCGACGACAUAGCAGACGCGCCUGGCCGCCAGAAGAUGAUCUACAUCAACCGCGUCUUGUUAAGCGACUUUUCACGCCCGAGAUUAAGCGCAUGCUUAAAGACUGGCUUGUGCGCCGGCGCGAAAACCCCUAUCCAAGUCGUGAUGAAAAGAAGCGUCUAGCUGUUGAGACCGGUCUUACAUACACACAAAUCUGCAAUUGGUUUGCCAACUGGCGACGAAAAUUAAAAAACUCAGAGCUGGAGCGCGAUAAAAGAUCUUGGGGUCAUCUUAUUAAGCACUACAAUACAAACGCACGUGGGAAUGUGGAGCAAUUUAGUAUAUCUUCGGAAGAUAGCAUUUGGGAAGAAGAUGAACUGGAGCACGAUGAAGACAUGGAUAAGCACAGUGAUGACGACGAAUAUGAAUCACGUGAAGGUGGCAUUUCUAGCGGCACCGAAGGUGCAAACAGCUCAACAGGCGGUUGUAGCUAUGAUAGUUUUGUCCAGAGAAACGGCAAAAUGAGCUGUUUUAUGAAAAAUCAAACAUGCGAUAAACGCAAUGUAAGAACAGCGGUUAUUGAGAGCGCAAAUAAAUCGCCAGGCAACUCUGUAUUUUAUGGUGGCACAAUAACAACACAAGAACAACAGCCACAAAUUAUUGAAAAACCAAACCCAACCACUCACACAGCAAAGUACAAACAGAAAAUGAUGGAAAAGUAUCUGCGCGAUACGCAUGGCACACAUUCAAAUUCAAUGGCACCACAAUGUGAUGCAUACACUGUCAAUGAUGGAUUUAACAACAAGCAGUUUGAUGUCGAAGCAGCUAUUCAUAGUGGCGAUGAAGGAGAUGGUGUUCGUAAUGGCGAUAAUGCAGCGCUGUCCAAAUGGUUGCAGAGUGCUGCACGCUUUACGCCUGAUAAAAACAACUACUUUGUCGAGUGGAAUGGCAAAACCGGCAAAAUGGAACAGAAACAACGCAUAAAACAACUACGGCGCAUCACCAUUGUACCAGCCAACUCCGGUGGCGUCACGCGACGUCAAUCCAUAGAUACCUGCCCUACACAACUAGAAUUAGACGCCGCAGAAGCACUGGCAAAUAUGGCAUUUAAUUGCCGACAACGGAGAAGGGAUGGCAAUCAUAACGGUGUGCGUCUACAGACUGUCAAUGCAAUUAGUUCCUAGCAAUUGUUGCAUAUAAAUUAAUAAACAUGAACAUUCACAGCA